AUGGCAAUAACAAAUGCAUAUUAUGAUUAUUCACAUAUAGCAUUAAUUUCUUUAUAUACAAUAUUAGCUAUUUUAUCAAUAAUAAGUUUUAUAAGAUCAACGAUUUUACUUAUAGCGUCAUUAUUAAGGGCGGUAUCAUUUUCACUUUUUAUAAUAAAUGAAGAAAAAGUUAAAGAAAUUGAUGGUAAUCUAUUGUUUCUAACAAAUGAAUUACCUAGUUUUUUUUAUUUAACCUUUUUUUCAAUGGCUUUACUUUUAUCAAUUCAAAUUUUUCAAGGAACAUUAGUAGUUAAAGCAGUAGAUAUGCAAAAAUUAAAAACAGUUGUCAUUAUUGCAAAUGUUGUUAUUUAUUUAAUACUGGCAAUUUUAUUCAUUUUGGAUUUUGUAUUAUUUCCAUAUGAAACAGCAUCAGUUGAUCAACCAACUUCAGUUUUUCAAAUGAUCAUACAAUUCAUUGCAGCUUUUAUUUAUUUUAUUACUGCUGUUACUUUCUUUGUAUUUUUAUUUAAAACUUAUUAUGAACAUUAUGAUGAUAAAUUUGCAGAUGCAGUUAAAACACAAGAAUCUGUACAACUUAAAAAGAGAAGUAAUGGAAUUAUAUUUUUUUCAUUUUUAUGUUUUUUAAUUAGGGCCAUAAUGACAUGUUUGACAAUAUUUUUGAAAUUGGGUUUUUGGUAUAAGGAUUUAGUAUAUUAUCUUUUCUUUGAAAUCAUUCCAAUCAGUCUUUUACUUUUUAUCAUCAAUGAAAUGACAUAUAAAGCUGGAAAUAUUGUUUUUGGUGGUCAUCAAUAUUCUGAAGUAACCGAAAAUUCAAGAUUAACUGAAACUUCCAAUUAUUUAAUUGCUAAAUAUUCAAAUUCUCAAAUUUCAAAUAUUAAUAAAUAA